AUGUCGACGGGCGCCGGCGAGACGCAGCUCUCUGGAGACGGAGCAGGUCUCCCUCAAGACACUCCCGAGUCCACAUUUAGCCCGUCGCACCGUCUCUUUGUGAGACCGUCGUCCGCUGGAGAUGACCCAACUCAGCACUUCAAGUUUGGCAUGGCUCAGAAGCAACAUUUAGACUUCACCGGUAACCGCAAGGGGGCAGCUGCAGCACAGAUGCCAACCGUAGCAAGCAAGACAAAGACGGAACCUGCCCGCCCAGCCGCCACGGUCUCUCCGGAGGAGGAGGUCCCAAGAGAGCAGGAAUCAGGCGAUACACAUUCAGUGAUGGAGGCAGCAACUCCGAAUGAGGACUCCACGGUUUCUGCGCUACCUCCUAUGCCCAAUACCGUCCCAUCAACAUCCCACGAGGCGAAUAUCGAGCCGCCCCUUGAGCGUCGAAAGCGACCAAGGAAGAAGAAGAAGCCAUCACAGCUGCCGUCACAACCGCCGUUGUUGCAAGAGCCGGAGGAUACUGUACCGCCGCAGACAGAAACAGCAUCAGAGUUACCUAGAAGCACGGAUCACGAUACGACACGGGAUAUACCGUUCGACGUCCCUGUGCCUCACGACGUAGCGAAGGAGCCGCCCCGGCCUCGGACAGCGUUCGACAGUGAACCUUUUGACGCGGCUCUACAUCGCGUUUCCGACCGCGCGGUACCCGUCAAGGCUGUAAAGAGAACUAAGACGAACCCUGUACCACAGAGCUUUGUUGCAUCACUAAACCCCAGCACCUUCAAGAACACUGUUGCGGCUCCCGCUGCUUCGGCUUCUGACAGAAGGCCCGCACACAAGGCUCCAGUAUUGCAGAGUACAGCGACGGUCCCGUCCGGACCAGGUCAGCCGUCAAUCACUGAUAUGUUCCAGUGCUUGGGCUGGUUGGUCCAAGAAGAGCAACAGAAGCAGGCUCGGAUCGUUCAGGCCCAGCAAGCGCUACAGCAACGGGAACUUACAAGCAUCGAAGCCGCGAAGCAAGCUGUGGAAGCAGAGCUGGCUCGCUCAAAGCAAGCGAACCAGGAUCUUGCCAUCAAGCUGCAGCAGUCUGAGGACAAGAUCAACCGCUACAAUGAAAGAGUCUCUGGGUUACAGAAGUUUGUUAGUGGACUCGGUAAUGAUCUUCAUAAGCUACAGAUCGAGAGCAAAGACUUCCAGCGCCAAUGCACCGACUUGGUAAUCGAGAGUGGCGAGCAGCAUGUUGAACGAGAACGGCUCGGGGAGGACAUCGCUGCAUGCUUCAGAAAAUCGGCUCAAAUGAGGAAAGCUAUCAAAGAGACGGCUUCCGAAACCGCCAUCUGCAUUCGGGGUCUUGAGCAGUCCAAAGGCUUUCUUGAGAAACAGCUGAAUGAGAAGGUUGGUGUGCUCGUUGAAGAGCGGGACAGACGGGUGGCAUUGGAGAAGCAACUGCAGACUACCGUCGACAGCCAAGAGGCCAUCAGAGUGCUGAUUGGCCGAAGUGAGAACCACUUGCUUGACCGACUUUUUCAGCUUGCAGGAGACAUUGAAGAGGGACACAGCAAGCUUGCAGAGAGCGGGGAGCAAAUUGGAAGCCGGCUUAGUGAGUGCCUGACGACAAUACAAGAGCUCAAGCGUCCAGAUUCGACAGCUGCGCACGACAUGCAACGGAUGCAAGAGUUCAUUACUCACUUGACAUUACAGUUUGACAAGUGUGUGACCUCCAUCAAAGACAUGCGUCUGGAUGCAGACUCGGCCAGGAAGUCCGAGGGCCAGAACUUGGCCGAACAACUCCAGGAAUUGAAGUCCGAACUCGAUGUGUCCCAGUCAUUGCGCGCUCAGCUGGAUGCAUUGCGCGAGUCACACUCCACUCUCGUAGCUAGUGCAGCUUCUAGAGAUGCCAGAAUGUCCGAUUUGCAGGAGCAACUGAGAAACCUACUGUCAGCCGAGAACUCUUACAAGAACAGGAUUUCUGACCUUGAAGCGGAGAUUCUCCGUCUCAAGACCUUACUGCUGGUUGACGGGGACGUUGAUGGGAUUUCGCGGCUCAUUGAAGUUGAAUCUCAGGCUGCGCGCCUUCGCAACGAACUGGAGACUGCGCGGGCGGAGCUGCAUAGCGGCGCGGAGAAGCUGCGUACCAGCGUCGAGGGUGAAGACAACCUCCGCAUACAGCUUGCGAAGCUCCAGAGCGAUUGCAAUGAUGCCAAGAAAAAGGCCACGGAGGCCAUCGCAGAGAUGGCUGAAUACGAACGCAAGGCAACCGAACGUCUAAACGACAUGCGCAGGAGCCUUUCGAAGGAAGCCAAGCGCCUACGUCAAGAAGACAUCGCCGACUACGAGAACAAGCUUCACCAGGCCAACAAAAAGAAGAGUGAUCUCGAGGCGUCGCUCAAAGAGGCCUCGUCGGCUCUCUUGUCGGAGCGAGAGAGGUUGCAAGAGCUCGAAAUUCAGUGCCGUUCAAAAGACGCCCAAAUAACUGCGCUGCUACAUGCGUGCACUGUUAGCGAUACCACGAUUAAAGAGCUUCAACACUUCAUCGACACUACUGGUCUAUCAAAAGAAGAUAGUGAAUGGAUCAACGGGGAAUUGAAGCGACUGAAGGAGCAGUCACAGGCUAAGGAUCUUGAGAUCAAUCUCCUGAAAGGCGAGCAAGCAGCAAACCUGAGCAAGAUCGGUACGCUCCAUGGAAGUCUGGAUCAAGCGGAGACUGCGAAGCGCUCCGCUGAAGCUGCUGCGCUCGAGUUACAAGAGGAAGCCGAUGCGGCACUUCACGAGAGUAGCGAGGCUACCAGCAAAGAGCUUCAGCGCCACCGCGAGUUACUGCAAGCGGCUGGUGACGCUAGGAAGCAAGCCGAAACUGCUCUUGAGCGAAGUCGUGAAAAAGCAGAAGCUGCCGUAAAAGAGCUUCAGAAGCGGUGCGUACGAGAGAAGGAAGACCUGCAUCAGCAGCUUGCUCAAGCCGAACACACGAAAAAGGAGAUCGAGCUCAAAUACCAAGAAGUCCGCCGUGACGCCGAGGAAGCCUUGAAGAAGCAGCAAGAGAAGACCCGCGGCGACAUUGGAGAGCUACAGCGACGCCUCCACGAAGCAGAAGCGGCCACCGAGCGCCUUCGUAGAGCAGAUCAAGACGAACUCGAACGCCAGAAGGCAGCGGGCCAGCGUCUUCUCAGUGUUGCCGAGGAACGCGCAUUGCAGGCCGAAACUGAACUAGAUGAGCUGCGCAGCAACUUGAGGGCCCAGAUUGAGCGGCAGCCAGCCCCAGUUAGCGUGUCGAAGUACCAUGAUGCUAAUGACAGCCAGAACGCGCAAAGCUCAUUAGGCGGAGAGAUAGCGAACAAUGCGUCCUACGCAUCGCAAAGCCGUGUUGACCGACCCGGUACUGCACGUGUCGUGGAGACUCCUCCAGCUGGUGUAGAGUCUCAGCAUUUCAAGAAGCCACGGCGGAAGGUAGAUCGACACAGCAACUCGGUGGUAAGCCUUGAGCGCAAACUGCAGGGUAAAGCAAAGCAGCCCUCGCAAUUGGGCUUCGCAGAUCUUGUGCCGCUGGAGAGCGAGGAUUCCCAAACCAUGUCGGUCUCACAAGACGUAGUACCGGAGACGCUGCCAAAAUCCCGCCCGACAAUCAGUUUCGCUCAAUUCAACGAGAGCCUCGGAAAGUCGCCCCCAGGCUCUCAGACGAGCUCGUCGUCUGCGCUAUCUGAGUUGGAAAACAUUCGUACACCAAGCGAGCUGGCUAUGCACCAAAGCCAGCGUGAGAAGCCUGCUGUACCUGCCGCACAGCGUGUAUUGCAAGAGUUACCGAUUGAGACCGCAUCUCAGCGCCACACGAACGGAACUCUCAACGAGCAACACGAGGCGUCGAGCAGCACCGGUCUAGUUGUGGCGGACGAGUACGAGGACGAUCCUUUCUUCUCAUUUACUCGGCCGAAGUCUCAAGCCAACAUGGCUUCACGCAUGGCGCCCAACAAUCAGAACCUUUUCAUGCGUCAGCUGCCUAGCCUCGUCGAAGAGCAUUCUGCAUCUACGAUCCUCGCUCGUAGCUCUCAGCAUACGCCACAGCAGUUCGGUAUAUCUCGAUCCAUACCCAAGUCCGGCGGUUCAAGCUCGCCGCCAUUCGUUCAGCAGGAGCCCAGGUCAACACACAAAGUCAAAACCUACCACCAACCGUCGUCUCGGCCGCAAUCGGCCGCAAAGAGCCCUGCAGCUGAGCCUGGCGUGAAGCGUCGUGCAUCUAACAAUCUGGAGCCUUCCAGCAGCAAGCGCGCAAAGACUCCUAUGCCUGCUACUCCUCGUAACAUCAACACUAGCAUUCCCGGAUCGCAGCCAUCCUCGGCUCAUCCGCUGGGAUCAAGUCGAAUCCGAUCUUCGCAGGUCGGUUAUAGCAGCUCCGCUAAAUCCGGUCGGCGGAAGUCGGCCAGCAAAGGUGUGUCAAGCCAUACACCCAGUCUACAACCAUAUCCUAAUCGUUGA